AUGGGUUUGAAGGAAGUGGUCUGUAGAAUCGCAACAGCUCGGGUGAAUCUCGUAAAACCGUUCCGCCAGCCGGUUCGAGACAAUCACGUCGUCCCCAGCUCCACGCGCAGGGGUGUUGGUGGGGGACCUCAUGUGAAAUCCAGAUUCACCUGCGACCACUGCAACCGCACCUUGCGAAUUAUAUGUGCAUUUUGUUAUGCGACAACCAAUCUUUCAAAGUCCACACAGAAAGGAUUUGUCAAUGUAGAGUUCCCGAAUCAUGUCGAUCGAAUCUCCCAGUCUGCCAGGUUCGAGAAGUCUCUUUACGACCUCAUUCGAGGUCUCCGAAACCACAAGGGAAACGAGAAGGAAUACAUCCAGAACAGCUUGAAAGAAUGUCGGGCGGAAAUCAAGGGUUCGGAUAUGGACCUCAAGGCCACCGCGCUCUUGAAACUCGUCUACCUCGAGAUGUUUGGUCAUGAUAUGUCCUGGGCAUCCUUUCACGUACUCGAAGUCAUGUCCUCUCCGAAAUACUUGCAGAAAAGGGUCGGAUACCUGGGUGCGGUUCAGAGCUUUAGGCCCGACACGGAAGUCCUCAUGUUGGCUACUAACCUGCUGAAAAAAGAUAUUACCUCCACAUCUGCCAUCAACAUGUCUCUUCCGAUUAUCACGCUCCCUCACAUUAUCACACCUUCUCUAGCAUUGUCGGUUCUCUCGGAUCUUCUCCCACGACUGACGCACUCCCAUCCAACAAUAAGGAAGAAGACUAUCGUGACAUUAUAUAGACUUGCCCUAGUCUAUCCCGAAACAUUACGCCCCGCCUGGCCUAAAAUCAAGGACCGGCUAAUGGAUGAAGGGGAGGACCCAAGUGUGACAGCCGCUAUAGUGAACGUAGUUUGUGAAUUGGGAUGGCGGAGGCCUCACGAUUUUCUACCUCUAGCACCAAGGUUAUUCGAGCUUCUUGUAGAUGGUGGUAACAAUUGGAUGGCUAUCAAAUUGAUCAAGCUAUUUGCAACUCUUACGCCUCUGGAGCCUCGGUUGGUCAAAAAACUCCUACCUCCUUUGACAAACAUUAUCAAAACAACCCCUGCAAUGUCAUUAUUGUACGAGUGUAUAAACGGCAUCAUUCAAGGCGGAAUUCUGGGCAGCAACGAUGAUUCUGCUGACGGCGAGGAGAUUGCAACGCUCUGCGUCAGUAAGUUGCGGGGUAUGAUAAUGGUGGAGGGCGAUCCUAAUUUGAAAUAUGUCGCGUUACUGGCAUUCAACAAGAUUGUUGUCACACAUCCGUAUCUUGUCGCUCAGCAAGAAGAUGUCAUUAUGGAAUGCAUUGACAGUUCUGAUAUUUCUAUCCGGCUGCGAGCCCUCGAUCUAGUAGUCGGUAUGGUGAGUAGCGAGAAUUUAGUGUCGAUCGUCGGUCGCUUGAUGCGACAACUACGAAAUGCUCGCUCACAGACGCUGGAAGAAGCCAACGAGCGGCCAGUAUCAGGUGUAAUCGAGCCGAUAGCAGACUCCGAUGACGAAACCCCCGAAGUAACUAUCAGGCCGGACAGGGGAGCGUCUCAGGAACCAUUGCUCCCAGAUGACUAUAAGAUUGAUGUGAUCAGUCGAAUUCUGGAAAUGUGCGCUAGCAAUAACUACGGGAAUCUAGAAGACUUCGAUUGGUAUAUCGAUAUACUGAUUCAACUUAUAAGGAGUGCGCCACUUGCAAAAUCCGCUUCGGGUGCCGAGGAACGCGGAUCAAGAGAUAAUAGCUCAUCUAGUCUGGAUAUAUCUGAGAAAAUUGGUGACGAGCUCAGAAAUGUCGCGGUAAAGGUACGAGCAGUUAGAGCAUCAGCCACACAUGCGGCCGAGAAUUUCCUGAUCACAAUGUAUAACGACAACUCCUCCCCAUUCUCCCCAGCUACUGGAGCACUAAAGCCUUUGGCGUGGAUUGUCGGAGAAUAUGCGAGUUCUCUAGAGUCUCCGGAUGGAACACUUACCGCCUUGCUGCACAUCACAAGAAGUUCAGCGCCAGCAGAAUGCAUCAUUUUGUAUUUACAAGCCCUGCCAAAGAUCUUCGCUUUAGUUGCAGGAGAUGACCGAGCUUCUUGGACACCAGAGAGGAAAACCAUGUCAUCACUUCUCAUGGCUCGCAUUAUCCAUGCAUUAGAACCACUUGCAAUGCACCCGGAUCUUGAAGUUCAAGAAAGAGCAGUCGAAUUUGCUGAAUUGCUGAAGUUGGCUGCAGAAGCUUCUGCUGGUCAGGAUGUAUCUUCGGAUGAAGUUGAGCAAGGAGCGCCACUUCUACUGACCCAAGCUAUUCCAUCCUUAUUCUCCGGACAGGAACUGAAUUCUGUUGCGAUUGGAGCACAAAGGAAUGUUCCAAUUCCUGCAGGAUUGGAUUUGGAUGAGCCAAUCAAUGCGAAUUUAAGCAGUCUCCUGAGAGCUGUUGACUCCGCGCUGUUCGACGAACCUGACGGGGACGAGUUUGAGACGUACUACUAUCGUGCACCUCCAUCUGCUCCAAGCGUCUCCGAACCAGCAGCAAACAGGUUAGGCGGUCCCUCUGAAGAGGCUGUUCAGUCAUAUCAGCACGGCAGCGAAGAAAGUUACCUUGAUCCAGAUAUUGUUGCACGACGGCGGGCUGAAAGAUUAGAAAGGAAUAAGGAUGAUCCUUUCUAUAUUGCCCCUGUAGAAUCGUCUGGAACAUCAACGCCCUUACACAACAUACUGCAGAGUAAUAACGGUCCCGAUCUUGACUUGGAUGCCAUUCCAAUAAUGCAACUGAAACUCGACGGCCCGGGUUCAGAAAUGACUGGGCAAGGACUGCCCAAAAAGCGCAAACCUCCCAAGGCGCACCAGCGAAUACAGGUUGCCGCGGAUGAGACAUUGGGAAGUGGGUCGACUACGCCAAAAUUUGACGAUUCGGAAAAUAGCUUUGAGGGGGCUCAGAGAGCGAGACCCAAGGGUAAGCAGUCUUUGCUCCAGGUCGACUCGAGUCACAUUGGAGCUUUCUCUCUAGAAGGAGAUGGAUCCGCUACUGGAAUAGACUUUGAGCGACAGCAAAGAGAAGAAGCUGAGAUGGCAAAAGCCAUGAAAGAGGUUGACAGAUUACGUUUAGAGAUGCAGAGAGCCAAUGAACGUAUACAAGCUGCUCAAGGCGUGUCCUUGGAAGGUACUGUGGUCAAAAAGAAGACGAAGAAAAAGGCAAAACCUGUUGAAGGAGAAUCAGUGGAACCAGUGAAAAAGAAGAAAGCGAAAAAGGCUGUUAUUGAUGAAGGGCAAGGUGAGGCCUCUAAUGUGGCCGAGGUCGUGAAGCCGAAGAAGAAAAAGAAGAAGCCAAAGGUGGAUCAAGUGAACGACCAACCUGAAACAUUAGUCCAGCCCAACGAAUAG